AGGUCAACGCAAGAUAAGAUGAUGUUGCUCAUUGUUGUAUCCUUGAUUGUUGUCUGGUUGACAUAUCGAUGGUUUCGAAAUACCCAGAAAAUCGAUAGUUUCCAUAAUCGAUACAUAUUUAUAACUGGUUGUGACUCCGGUUUCGGUAAUAUGUUAGCAAAGAGACUAGAUGAACUUGGAUUUAAUGUUUUCGCAGGAUGCUUAACACAAUCUGGAAUAGAACAAUUGAAACGUGAAACAACGGACAAGGUAAAAGGCAUUCAAAUCGAUGUGUCCAAGACUGAAAGUAUUCAGAAAGCAUUUGGUGCUGUAAAAUCGUUACUGCCCAGUGAUACAGGUCUGUGGGCUAUUGUUAACAAUGCCGGAAUAGCUGGUGCCAUAGGACCUGUACAAUGGUUGACGAGGGAAGACUAUAGGUCCACGUUUGAAAUCAAUACUUUAGGAAUUGUUGAAACUACACGAAUAUUUCUACCUCUGGUAUUAAAAGAAAAGGGCAGAAUAGUAAAUAUCACAAGCAUGAUGGGUCGGAUUGCAGCGAUAAACUCGACUUAUGUCGUGUCCAAAUUUGCAGCAGAGGGAUAUUCGGACAUUUUGAGACGUGAACUUUAUAAGAGAGGUGUUACAGUUCAUAUUUUAGAACCAGGGUUUUUUAGGACAAAUAUAAUGGAUAUUGAAACUGCAUGUAAAAAUGUCGAUGGAACAUUCAGAAAGACAUCCAGUGAAAUGCAAAGAUAUUACGGAGAGAGCUAUCUAAAUACUCUUAAAGAUGAAAUAAAAGACUUUUUAUCAAGGAUUGGAUCACCCAAGAUCAAUUUAGUUGUUGAUGCUUACGUCCACGCACUGACAUCUAAAUAUCCAAAAUAUCGGUACAUAGUAGGCAAUGAUGCCAGAUAUACCUUCAGACUUCUGUGGAAUCUACCAGAAUGGGCAUCGGACUACAUACUUACAAUGAAGGCUAUAAAACCACAGGCAGAACAACACAUGUGAUCGAUGUGGAAUCUACCAGAAUGGGCAUCGGACUACAUACUAACAAUGAAGGCUAUAAAACCACAGGCAGAACAAAACAUAUGAUCAUCAGUACAUUUUCAUUAUUCCUUUUAUAUUACUUUUAUGAUUUAACUUUUUCUGAACAUUACAAAGACUGGUUGAAAUAUAUUUAAAGAUGGUUGCCGAAAAUACAGAUACGAUAUAUUGUCAUUGGUUUUUCUCGAGAAACUGAAGAAUUCGGAUUACUUCUACCCCUUCUUGACAAAAUAACUCAAAU